CAAUUAUAUUCAUUUAUUUUCUCCCAUAAUGGCUUUUCCUUUAGUACUCUCUCUUUCAAUAUUUAUCAUCUUUUUAUGUUACAAACUCCACAACCGGCUUACGGCCAAGCUACCUCCAGGUCCUUGGCCGUGGCCGGUUAUUGGAAACCUUUUCAGCAUAACGCCAGUGAGGUUUCGAUGCUUUGCUGAAUGGGCCCAAAUUUAUGGGCCGAUUUUUUCUUUUUACCUUGGGUCACAACUAAACGUGGUGGUGAAUAAUGCGGAACUUGCUAAAGAAGUUCUUAAAGAUAAUGAUCAAAAUUUGGCUAAUAGGUUUAGAACAAAACCUCUUGAUAGUGUGAGUAAAAAUGGGAUGGAUUUGAUUUGGGCUGAUUAUGGACCUCAUUAUGUGAAAGUAAGAAAACUUUGUAAUCUUGAACUUUUUACUCAAAAAAGACUUGAAGCUCUUAGGCCAAUUAGAGAAGUUGAAGUUACUGCCAUGAUUGAAAAUAUUUUCAAGGACACAACUAAGCCUGGUAAUGAUAGUAAAACGAUGACGCUAAGGGAAUACUUGGGAUUAGUAUCAUUCAACAACAUAACAAGGCUAACAUUUGGAAAAAGAUUUAUAAACUCAAAAGGUGAAGUUGAUGAACAAGGUGAAGAGCUUAAAUCCAUUGUAACAGAUGGGAUAAGAAUUUCUGGAAAACCUAAUUUGGGAGAAUUUGUACCAUGGUUACGUUGGGUAUUUAAAGAUGACAAUGAAGCUCUUGAGUCACAAGAUAGACGUUUGAAUAAAUUUACAAGACUUAUAAUGGAAGAACACACAAUUGCUAGAGAAAAAUCUGGAGAAACCAAACAUCAUUUUGUUGAUGCUUUACUUACCCUUCAAAAGGAAUAUGAUCUUAGUGAUGACUCUAUUAUUAGCCUCUUUUGGGAUAUGGUACAAGCAGGGACAGAUACAAUAGCUAUAACAGUUGAAUGGACUAUGGCUGAACUUGUAAGGAAUCCAAGAGUUCAACAAAAGGUUCAAGAGGAGCUAGAUCGAGUUAUUGGAUCGGAUCGAAUCAUAAAUGAAACAGAUAUCUCUAACCUCUCCUAUCUACAACAUGUUGUCAAAGAAUCACUAAGAAUGCACCCUCCAACUCCACUAAUGUUGCCUCAUAUGGCAAGUAACAAUGUCAAAGUAGGUGGUUACAACAUUCCUAAAGGUUCAAUUGUACAUGUUAACGUGUGGGCGUUAGGUCGCGAUCCAAAAAUUUGGAGAGAGCCAUUGCAAUUUAGGCCAGAGAGAUUUGUUGAAGAGGAUGUUGACAUGAAGGGACAUGAUUAUAAGUUAUUACCAUUUGGUGCUGGUAGACGUAUAUGUCCAGGAAUGAACCUUGCAAUUAAUUUGGUGACAUCUAUGUUAGCACAUUUGUUGCACCAUUUUGUUUGGUCACUUCCUAAUGGUGUUAAGGUUGAAGAUAUUGAUAUGAUGGAGAGUCCUGGUACAGUAACAUAUAUGCAAACUCCAUUACAUGUUGUUCCUACUCCUAGGUUACCUAGAAACCUAUACACACAUGUUGAGUGAAAUACGUACCACACAUUUAUCAAAGCAUCCUAGACUUUUUAUCGAUUCCCCUAAAUUAUAAGUCAGUAACGUCUUUUAUUUUUGUAUUACUUAUUAUAUGUUGUAUUUUAAGCCAAUAGUUACUUUACUUUAAUUUCAUGUUUGAUGAAGUUGUGACAUUUUUUCUGGAAUAAAAUGUAUGCAUUAUUUUUAUUUUGAA